CUUUCUUCCGCUUGAUGCUAAAACGGACUUUUGGGAAGACCAGCACACGUCCAAGAAGACCCUGAAGCCAUGGACAGAAGACCUAAGAAGAAAUAUGAGUUUUUCAAGGGUGGCAGAAUAAGUACCUAUGAUGAGGGAGACUACGACGAAGAGUACACAGGCCUCUCUGACCCUAACGAACCUCUCCUUGAAGCACCAGGGUACAGCGGCAGCGCCAGUUACGACCAAAGGUACGGCGAGUACCAGCCACCUAGCGGCCUCUACAGUCAAGAUGCACCGAUGGAUUACAGCUCUCACCAAGGCCAGCUGGAUUCAGAAUCGCACAGCCCCAUAGCCUAUCAAGAACAGGAGUACGCAGACUAUGGGGCUACUGGCUACUCGGACCCAAGCCAGCCAUCUGCCUCAGGGUUUCAGGGUCCCCCUGGACCUGGUGCCGGUGGACCUGCUCCAGGUCAAAAAAAGAGAGUUCAGACUUGUCGACUGUGCGCCAACCAUGGUUUAAUAGUAGAGAAAAAGGGUCACAAGCCAUUCUGCAAGUACCAGACUCCUCACGAUUGUAGGCAGUGUGAGAUCACUCUGAGAAUGCGAGAUGCUUCAGCCGCCCAGCAGAAGAUGACCAGAACUCAGCAGCCUAACAUGCAAGUCCAGCCCCAGAGAUCAUCCCCCUGUGGACCCCGUGAGUUUCCAAGAAUGCAAGAACUGGAAGCAGAGACCAAAGACAUUAUUGAUCCCGUUCUGUUCGCUGAUAUUAAUGAAAUAGUGAAGUCGAGGUCACAUCAACUUUAGCACUAGGCAAAGUAGAUGGCCUCUUUUUUUGUAUCACUAUGAGCUAGACCAGAAAAAAUAUAUAUCGUGUUACCUUCUAACAUAUAUGUAAACGGCAUAUAUAUAGUUAGGUCAAAUGAACAUACUAGCUGACUUCUCUAGCAUUACGUUUUAAAAAUCUGCAAUUGCUAAAUAGGUGUGCUUAAUUUCAUUAUUUUGAGAUUUUGCUGAAAUGCGAGAGGAGAAUUAUUCUGUAGAUUGCUGUAAUAGUACAAUUUUAAACCGUUUGUACUUCCCACCAAUAACUUUCCAAGCACUUCCCAAUACUGUAGCAGAAAUUCCAGGAACAAUAUGAAUUGACGGGAUUUCUUAAACUUCGUUCAUUUCGUAGCCACUUGAUAUCAUUAUCACCACAUAGGUAACCACUGUCAUUUUUACCUGCAUUUUUGCGUGGCAGCUUCAGCGACGGAAACUU